GUUUCAGAAUCAGGGCUGUAGGCAUCAGGAGGCAGGCCCUUCCCCUGUGUCUUAUGUGUAGCUCCUUCCACCCAACUCCCUCCCGGGAAGCCACAGAAUAGAGGGAUAGGAGGAACAGAGAAGUCAGGGUAAACAGAAAAGAGCAAGGUGUGGGAAGGCCAGUGAAAUGAAUACAUCUCUACUCCCAGGUCCUGCCUGGGUCAGUAAGCCAAAGUGGACAUCAGAGUUGCAGUCUAGUCAUGCACCUGAGCCAUGAACAUUUGGCCCAAUGCUCUACUCAGACCACAGCUGGCCAGGCCAGCCCCACAUAUCCCUCCAUUCUGUGCCUUCAGCCCCUCUGGUACCUAGGCCUGUGCUCCCCCUCUGCCUUUGCUGUGCUGUUUUCUCUCUUAGCCUAAAGAAUACUUUCUCUACAUGCUUCCGGGCUUUUCUGGUAGUGAGUGGUAAGCACCUUCAGGUGUUCUAAGAAACGGAGCCAGCCAGCCUGAUUGCUGUGUAGCUAACUCCUUACCUGAUAAAGCCCGGCCAUCAGAGUGAGGGCAGUGGCAAUACCAAUGGCAUAGCAGUCCCGUCCGCAGUCCUGUAGCACAGUGGUUAGUGUUGUAGUUGAGUUGUGGAGGGUGCUGUCAUUGUUCCUGGGCCCUAGAGAAUCCUGUGAGGGGUCAAAUCCAGCCAGCUGGAGUUCUCGGUCCACCACCUGACCCACCAUGAGGCACAGCAGGCUGAAGAUACCCACAUUAACAUGGUGUGAGGUGCCCAUGAGGAAGUAGAUAAGGUUGGCAAAGAAGGAAGUGUAGAGACUGUAGAUGGGCUGCAACCCAGCCAGCAGUGAGUAGGCUAUGGCCUGUGGCACCAGGAUAAUGCCAAUGACCAAUCCAGACAUAACAUCACCUGCCAGGUAUUCUUUAAGGUGGUACUGGGGCAGCCAGUGUAUGACAGGAAACAGACCCUGCACCAGAGCCUGAGCACAUGACAUACUGCAGGUGCAGCUCUUCUUCAGCCUGGCCUUCAGUGUUUCCAGCAAGCCCUGGGACACAGGGGGCUGCCGUCGGACCAGCACCAGCGUCCCACCCUUCUCUUGGGGCUCAGGAGAAGCAUCCAUCCUGUCACACCAGGCUCUUUGGCUAACCUGCAAGGGGAAAUGGGCAUGGUUAGGGGGUCUAGGCUCUCAGAGCCCGGGAUCCAGCUUCACAGUGAGUUUUUAUCCACCCAAAAACAGACGUCACACAUCUGAUAUCAGAGCUUGUCCUUCUGACAAGAGGUUGUACUUCUGUGUGGAUGAAUAGAAAACCUUGAGCUCCAAGAUGCUAGUUUUAUACUGAGAGGUGCUUAUGAUAGCAGCAUGCUUCAGGGAUCCAGGUUACCUAGCUUCAUCCCCAGCAGUGCUCUGUGGACUACUGAAUUCAGCCCCUAUGUGAAGUCUGCUGUCUAAAGCAUCCUGAGGGCCACCUACCCAAGACAAGGCUAGACCAGGCCCCCCCACCAGCACAUGUAUGCCCAAGUCCUCCACCAGCCCACCUAUGCCCAAGCCACAGUAACAAGAGGCACCAGUCCAUGUGUGCCCAAGCCACCUACGCCCCACCCACAGUGACAAGAGGCAGAUGCAUUUUGAACUUGAACUCCAGCCCACCUGGUCUGGCAAUGGCCUCUGCCAAUCACCCCACUUCUACAUGAGCUCUCCCAAGCCAUCACCUGUUCUCCUGUGAACACCAUAGGCCUGGUGGUUGACAGAAGACCUUGUACAUUGUGUGUGCUGGGGGCCAUGGUCUGUGAUAGCCCUUCUUCAUGAGUUUAGAGUAUGCCUCACCAGUGUGCUCUGAAACCAGUGUGCCCAUUACUCCAAGCGCUGAGUCUCUUCUCAGAGGCUCAAGUACAUCGAACAAGCACACUGCUUCACAGAUGUCUACCUUUGGCCUGGCUGACCUAGCCCUUUCUGACCUUGCCUUGGUACUGAAGAAUUCUCAGGCUGUGCUGACCACGUGGUGGCCUUGGUCUUGUUUACAGGUUCCAAAGUGCUUGUUUGUAAUAUUAAUCAAACACUCUCUGUUCUCUUGCAACCCAGGACACGGUGGUGACUGUUAGAGCCAGUUGUGCCUGGCCUGGGUAACAGCUUCCUAGCUAGGGUGGUUGUCCAGCAAGCAUCCUAGCUCUUGAGGAACAUUAUGAAAACAAUGAUACAUAAGGAUCAUUGAACACCCGGAGGCCUACCCCAAGUGUCUAGGGACUAAAAUGUGUGGAGGAAGGACUCAGGAAGUCAUCUGAGCAGGGACUGAUCUACAACUUCACUCACUUGGAUGCAUUUCUGGACCUCCUCAUGGAGAACCAGCUUCUCCCUGGAUUUGAGCUAAUGGGCAGCCCUUCUGGGUACUUCACGGACUUUGAGGACAAGCAGCAGGUGUUUGAAUGGAUGGACCUGGUUGCUCUCUUGGCCAGGAGAUACAUUGGUAGGUAUGGGCUGACACAUGUUUCCAAGUGGAACUUUGAGACUUGGAAUGAACCAGACCACCAUGACUUUGACAACGUGUCCAUGACCACACAAGGCUUCCUGAAUUACUAUGAUGCCUGCUCUGAGGGGCUACGUAUUGCCAGCCCCACUUUGAAGCUGGGUGGUCCUGGGGAUUCCUUCCACCCCCUGCCAAGGUCACCAAUGUGCUGGAGCCUCCUGGGUCACUGUGCCAAUGGAACCAACUUCUUCACUGGUGAGGUGGGCGUGCGUCUGGAUUACAUCUCCCUGCACAAGAAGGGUGCAGGCAGUUCCAUCUUCAUCUUGGAGCAGGAGAUGGCAGUUGUGGAGCAGAUCCAGCAGCUCUUCCCUGAGUUCAAGGACACCCCUAUUUACAAUGAUGAGGCAGACCCUCUGGUGGGCUGGUCCCUGCCACAACCUUGGAGAGCUGAUGUGACUUAUGCAGCCCUGGUGGUGAAGGUCAUUGCACAGCACCAGAACCUGCUGUUUGCCAAUAGCAGUUCCUCCAUGCGCUACGUGCUCCUCAGCAAUGACAAUGCCUUCCUGAGCUACCAUCCGUACCCUUUCUCCCAGCGUACACUUACUGCUCGCUUCCAGGUCAACAACACUCACCCACCCCACGUGCAGUUGCUGCGAAAGCCAGUACUCACAGUCAUGGGGCUGAUGGCCCUGUUGGAUGGAGAGCAACUCUGGGCAGAGGUCUCGAAGGCUGGGGCUGUGUUGGACAGCAAUCAUACAGUGGGUGUCCUGGCUAGCACCCAUCAGCCUGAAGACUCCUCAGAGGCCUGGAGCACCACAGUCCUGAUCUAUACUAGCGAUGACACCCACAUACACUCCAACCACAGUAUCCCUGUGACUCUUCACCUGCGUGGGGUACCUCCUGGUUUGGAGCUUGUCUAUGUAGUACUUUACUUAGACAACCAACUCAGCAGCCCCUACAGUGUGUGGCAGCGCAUGGGCCAGCCAGUCUUCCCCUCUGCAGAGCAGUUCCGAAAUAUGCGCAUGGCAGAGGACCCAGUGGCGGAGGCACCACGCCCCUUUCCUGCUAGGGGCCGCCUAACCUUACACCAGAAGCUUCCGGUGCCAUCACUCCUGCUGGUGCAUGUAUGCGCGCGCCCUUUGAAGCCACCGGGGCAGGUCAGCCGGCUCCGUGCACUGCCCCUGACACGUGGGCAGCUGGUUCUGGUCUGGUCGGAUGAGCAUGUGGGUUCCAAGUGCGUGAGUGGGGUGGUCGUCCUUUCCUAUGUCAUCACCCUUGUAAUCAUACAUCUCUCUCUGGUACCAUAUGUUCUAUACACACCACACACACCUACACAGACCAACUUGUGUCUGAGUUGGAGAUUACCUACAGUGAUAGUUUCCAGGACCCUGUCACUGUGUUCUGUCACAAUUUUGAGAGUGCCCAGGGACUCUAGAUGUGCUAGCAAAGGACCUGAAGAGAAUAGGGUUGUGAGUCUACCCUCUACCACCCAUCCAAGCCUUCAGAGUUUACCUAGCCCCAGCUUCAGUACCAAUCCAUCCCUCCUCAGGUGCCUGUGGACAUAUGAGAUCCAGUUUUCUCAGAAGGGUGAAGCAUAUGCCCCAAUCCACAGGAGGCCAUCUACUUUCAAUCUCUUUGUAUUCAGCCCAGACACAGCUGUGGUCUCUGGCUCCUACCGAGUACGAGCAUUGGACUACUGGGCCCGUCCGGGCCCCUUCUCCGACCCUGUGACUUACCUGGAUGUCCCUGCCUCAUGAGGGCCACUGGCUCCUAGUGACUGGUGAGCCUGUGCUGACUGGUGACUGGAGUCAACUAGGAUGAGCUAGACUGCCAUUAGCUAGCCAGCUGACUAUCAGCUUCUUUUGUUGUUCCUCUAUUUCCCUUUAAAGUGUCUUUCUCUACCUCAGACUUAGGGUCAGCCUUUGUGGAUCAGUACUUUACAGGGCCCACUUGGAGUGACCUUUGCCCACCUUCCUCCCCACUCCCAGCUGUUCAAAAGUUUAAAUGUGGCACUGGAAAGAUGGCUCAGUGGACAAACUGCUUGCUGUACAAGCAGACACGGGGACUUGUGUUCAGAUACCUAGCACUCAUGUAAGGGCUGGGCAUGGCAAUAUAUGCCUAUUGCCCUAGUAUUGGUAGAAGGGACAGAGACAGGCCUGGGCUCACUGGCCUUCCAGUCUACCUGAAACUGCAAGUUCCAGUAAGUUCCAGUAAGAAGUUCAGUAAGAAACCCUUGGUGCACACCACCACCACACCACCACCACCACCACCACCACCACCACCACUUCCCCAUGCACACAGUCUAAUUUCAGUUUCUUGAGCUUCUGUAAUAUCAAAAAAAAUAAAGUUAUGUACUUCUGAAAUACAA